AAAAAAAGCAAAAGAGAAGAAUGGAAGAAAGAAAGAGAUGUGGGAACGUCCGGCUUCUUUCUCGUCCCUCGAGUUGUCUGAGAUCUCUCAUGGGAUUCGCUCACUUUUAACUUUUGACCGGGAGAUUUCUGAGCAGACCCAUGACCAGCAGAAAAUUUUACAACCUUAUAAUGCCAAGGCAAAAUCAAACUGACGAGAGGUUUAUAUAUGGGACAUCCAAGAUCAGGAAAAGGGUCUCUUCCUCUUCUUCAGCAUCAUCUUCUCUGCUGCAAAGUUAUCGGCUUAAGCGAGCUAUUAUGGUCAGUGAGAAGGGUGCAUCCACCACUGCUCCUCCUAAACGGAGGAUGAACCCAAAAUCACCAUCGGCCAGUUCGAAGAAUUUUGAAUCAUCUCGACGAAAUGGCCCCGUGUCAGCCAGGAAACUUGCAAGUGCUCUAUGGGAAUUGAAUAAAAUUCCUUCACCAAGAUUCAGCGAGAGCUUGUCGACUCGGAGGUCUAGGAAGAUGGUGAGGUCUCGCCCUCAUCGGUUAUCUGAUCCUUCUCAUAGUCCUGGUUCUGAGAGGAGGGAUAGAUCAAGGUCUGGAAGUUAUAGGAGAAUAAUGCCGAUUGUUUCUCAGAGAGUUCGGUGCAAGGGCAGAAAUCACAGAGCUUUGGACUGGCUAAGUAGUUCUAGUUUGAUGGAGGCUGAUGCACAUUCUCGGGGACUCACUCCCAAACGCUCGACCAUGGGAACAAAAACCGGGUUAAAAAACCUCAAAAACAUUCUGACAUCUUCCAAAGAGCUUCUCAAGCUCCUCGACAGAAUCUGGGGACUAGAAGACCAUCACUCGUACGCCCUCUCUCUAUUCUCUGCCCUUCAUGCUGAACUUGAUCAAGCCCGAUCUCAAGUAGAACAUCUCAUCCAAGAACAAAAAGUGAACCAAAACGAAAUCAGCUGCCUCAAAAAACAAUUCAAGCAAGAGAAAUCGUCAUGGAAAAUCAAAGAGCAAGAAAGAAUCAAGACCUUCAUAGAGCAGCUCGAAUCAGAGAAGAAAUCAAGAAGGAGAGCAGAAAGACUCAACAAAAGCCUCGGAUUGGAGUUAGCCAAGGGAGUUAGAGAGCUCGAGAGUGAGAGAGACUCGCACUGUAUUGAGCUGAACAUGGAGAAUAAUAAAGGAUAUGUUGAGAAGUUGGAUCAACAUACUGAGAGAUAUAUAUCAGUUAAAAAGUUAAGGGAUCAAAUGUUGGCUGGUAAUAGAGUUGUUUUGCCUCGUGGUUUGUUCAGUCCAUCUCGAGAGUUUGCGAAGGAUUGAAGGGUGUAGGCAUUGUGAGAGCCAGCAAAGAAGCGAUAUCUAUUAACGGUACUGCUUCGUUUCACUCUUAAUUGCCACCGUUUCCCUUUCCUUCUCGUUCUUGUUAAAUUCGAGCUGUUCAUCUUUACCUGUGUAAAACUUAUUACACCACAAAGUUUACACUGUAAUUAUGGAAAGUUUUAAGGGACAUAAAUUUUUCUUUGAUAGUUCUUUUUCAUAUGUAUGUUAUGAACACGUGCUGUCACGAUUUUGUUUA